CGAUCUGGACUGUGGGUGGGCGGCUGAUUGCUUCUGCCUGAUGACGUAUUUUUUACCGCGCCAGUUGUGUUUUUCUGGCGCCGCGGUUGGUGUGCCAUGGCGCCGGUAAGGCAUGCAGCAAGGGGGCAGACAGGGACCUUUGGGUCGCGUGGCGAAGGAGUUUCACUGGUCGGAUUCAGAAAUAAGAAUAUGAAACGGAGGACGUGGCGACCUAAUCAUCCGCUGGCCUUCGCGGGGAGCGUUCGCGAGGGACAAGGCUUUGCAUUUCGAAGAAAACUAAAAAUUCAGCAAAAUUACAAGAAAUUGAUAUGGAAGGAAAAGAAGGCUAAAACCUCACGGGAAUCCCAGUUCACGGAUCGGUACCCUGAUCAUCUGAAACAUCUCUAUUUAGCUGAAGAGGAAAGACUCAGGAAGCAGCUUAGAAAAUCUGACCAGUCUUUGUUAGAACAAGUUGACCAGCCUCUGUCAGAAGAACAAGUUGAUCAGCCUUUGCCAGAAGAGCAGUGUAGCACUGACCAGGCUUUGUCUGAAGAACAUUGUAGCAUUGAGCAGCCUCAUCCAGAAGAACAAUGUAGCAUAAGAAUAAAUUCCAUUACUAUUCCAAAGAAAAAUAAAAAGAAAACAUCAAAUCAAAAAGCACAGGAAGAGUAUGAGCAGAUACAAGCUAAGCGUGCUGCUAAGAGACAAGAAUUUGAGAGGAGAAAACAAGAGAGAGAAGAAGCUCAAAGGCUCUACAAAAAGAAGAAAAUGGAAGUGUUCAAAAUAUUGAGCAAAAAGACUAAAAAGGGGCAACCAAACUUGAAUUUACAAAUGGAGUAUCUUCUAAAAAAAAUACAAGAAAAAAAUUAGGUCAGACAUGUUGCCUGAUUAAUCAAGGGUUAAAAUAUAUGCUGGCUAAUGAGUUCUCUUGUAUAUGUACUGUCCCUCCUAACAGUUAACUAAAUUUGUCAACACAGACUGGAUUGCUAAGCUAUACUAAAUAUAAAAUGUCCAAAUAUUUUUUGUUUUUCUGAAAGAAAAUUUUCUAUAUAUGCUCUGCAUUAUAUAUGAUUUGUUUCUUAAUUAUUUGCUGCUGAAUGAAGGUUGGCCUUCAAAACUGAAAGAGGGAACUUCCCUGGCAGUCCAGUGGUUAAGACUCCAUGCUUCCACUGUAGGGGCCACAGGUUCCAUCCAUGGUCGGGGGACUAAGAUCCCAAAUGCUGCUUGGUAUGGCCAAAAAAAAAAGGAACUGAAAGAACCUGCUAUUUGAGCAACAGGUUCAAGCAUGUAAUAACUUUUAUACCAUAUGAAAUUCAGAUGAAAUAAAGUGUUUUGAAAAUAAGGGAGCAGAGCUUUCAACGAAUCAUUUCAAUCAAAUGUUUAAAUUUAGCAAUCAACUAUUACAGUUUUGAAAUUCCAUAGUAAUGGAAUGGUGAAGGAGGCAGAGACUCCCCUUCGACUUUUUAAUUUAUUUUAAAUUAAGUACAUUUUAUAGGGGGAUGGUCUUUCCAGAAACCUGUAAGCAGGUUUCUACCUUUGGCCCCCACCAUAUUAUAGUGAGGUCUUUAUAAAGCAGAGUUUGAUAUUUAUAAUCUUUUCCUUAAGUGGAUGUACAUAGCUUGCUAGUGUAAUAUUUUUUGAAUGAUGAUGGUAACCCAGCAGUGUCACAGCAGGAAUUAAGCUUUCCAGAUCCCGCGGGACCCUAUCAUGUAAGAACAUUGUUACUGGACCUUACCAGUGUUGUCUCUGUUGGUAGGUUUGUGAGCCAAGGGAAAGAACUGGAAUACUGCUUCUCCUGCCUCCUUGCAAUCACUGUAAAAUGAGAAAGGCUUGGUUAUCAUCAUUAAAACAAAAGAACUGCAAUAAUAUUUGUAAAACAUUGCAUAGUAACGUGCAAUCCUUUAUAAGUGGUAACAGAUGCAGCCCAAUAUUGCAUUAGGGUUUUGGUAAGUCCUCCCACUGUACUGAGCAUUCUGCAUUUAAAAAGUACAAGGAGGGAGACUCAAGAGGGAGAGGAUAUGGGGAUAUAUAUGUAUAUAUAGCUGAUUCACUUUGUUAUAAAGCAGGAACUAACACAGCAUUGUAAAGCAGUUCUACUCCAAUAAAGAUGUUAAAAUAAAUAAGUAAAUAAAUAAAUCAUGCCAGUCAUAAAAUGCAGUGUAAAAGAGCAAAUUCUGAAUAUAAAGAGAUUUUGAUAAUACUAGAUAGGAAAGAUCAGGACCACAAAUGACACCCUGUGAUUGGGACUGCACCACAGCAAAUCUAUACAAGAUACUAUCAGUGUUUGAAAUGCCAGAGAGAAGAUACAGUGCGCCAUGCUAAAUACAUGGUGAUAAAUCUAACUUCUUGCUGAAAAAUUUCUUCCAGUUUAUUUGAAGUGUACACGGCAUGGACCCCUGACAAUUGGCAUAAACUGGUUGGCAUUAUGAUGAGGCUGAAGCCAUCCCCAGUUCUCCUUCCUACAGACCCAUGAGUUUCUACUAUAGAGUUUGUACUAUGAAUUGUCUUUGACAAUAACAAAUCUUGGGUUUUGGGAACAUAGUUUUGUCCAGGAUAACUGCUGUGUAAAUCUGGUGAGUGUGAGGCAAGUGUUAUAAUUACUUUGGAUGUUCUAUUCUUUGGACCUUUUAAAAAUUGAGACACACCAUAGACUUGAUGUUGAAUUAAUAUUAACUUUUGAGGAGCUGAAUGAGCUACAUCCAUUUCCAAGUAAAACACACAGGCUGCAGCUGCUGUAGGAAUCCAUCUAGGCAUUAACAUUUCUGGCUGUGAGUGAACAAAAUAAGAAACUGGAAGGGACUUGUUGGACUUUUACCUUAUAAGGGCAAGAGAAUUGGAUUUGGGGUUUUGAGUUUUUUGCCUUUGGACAUUAACUUGAAAGGUAAUUUAAUAUAUAGACUUUAUUUUCUCCCUAGGAGUUUGAAAGGGAAAUAUUUAUAGUAAAAUGUGGGACAUCUGCAUUUUACUGGCAGUUUAACACUGGGCUCUCUUUAAGUAUUUGGAUAAUUGCCAUUGAGAACACUUGAUCGAGUCACCCACGGAGCUGAGAGCCUUACAUCAGAGAUGCACACUUCAUGGGCCUAGUGACCCUGGGUUUCAUACAUAGAUAUAUUGAGGUAUAAUCAAUUGAACAUAUUUAAAAUGUAUAAUUUGGUGAGUUUGGGCACAUGUAAUCACUCAUGAAACCAACACCACAAUCACAAAUCCAUCACCAGUAUCUCCAAAAGUUUCUUCAUGGCCCUUUGUCAUCAAUCCUAUCAGGGGCUCCCCAGAUGGGUCCCUAGCAGCCACUGAUUGGUUUCUGUUACUAUAGAUAAUCUGCAUUUUCAGAAAUGUUAUAAAAUUGGAAUUAUCUACUGGGUACUCUUUUCUCUCUGGCUUCUUUCAGUCAGACAAAUUUGAGAUUCAUCCGUGUUGCUGCAUUUAUCAAUAGUUCCUUUUUAUUGCUAAGUACUCUAUGGUAUGGAUGCAUCAGCAUUUGUUUAUUCAUUUGCCUGUUGAUUGACAUUUGGGUUGUUUCUAGUUUGGGGCUCCCACAAAUAAAGCUACUGUGAACAUUGUG